ACUUCUGGGAACAAGAGGGGGGAGAAAAAAGUGGCUGGAGAAAAUGGCAGAAACCAAAAUAAUUUAUCACAUCGACGAAGAGGAGACGCCGUACCUGGUGAAGAUUCCCAUCGCGGCGGAAAAAAUCACUUUGCUGGAUUUCAAGCAAGUGCUGAACAAACCAAACUACAAAUUCUUCUUCAAGUCUAUGGACCAGGACUUCGGAGUGGUCAAGGAAGAGAUUUCUGAUGACAACGCUAAGCUGCCCUGCUUUAAUGGACGAGUGGUUUCCUGGCUUGUGUCCUCAGAUGUUCCUGCAGCAGAACCUGCACCACCUCCAGUGGAGGUCCUUGCUCAACCAUCACCUCCUCCUCCCCCUCUUCCACCUCCUCCAGUUGAGAGGACUGGGGGAAUUGGUGACUCAAGACCUCCCUCGUUUCAUCCGAACGCUGCAGGCAGUGUGGAGACGCUGGAUGAACAGACAGAGACAGAGUCUGUCGUGUCCUUCAGGAGAGAGAGGCCUCGCCACAGAGAGAGCAUGGAGCACGGGUCACGUAUGAACGGCCAGUCACGUUUGGAAAGGCACUUGGCAGGUUAUGAAAGUGCCACCACAGUGAUGAGCAGUGAACUGGAGACAACCAGCUUCUGUGAUUCUGAUGAUGAUGACACCAUGAGCAGGUUUAGUAGUUCAACAGAACAGAGCACUGCCUCUAGGCUGCUAAAGCGACACCGCAGACGCAGGAAACAGCGUCCUCCAAGGCUGGAGAGGGCAUCAUCUUUCAGUAGUGUGACAGACUCAACUAUGUCACUGAACAUCAUCACAGUCACUCUAAACAUGGAGAAGUAUAAUUUCCUGGGCAUCAGUAUUGUGGGCCAGAGCAACGAGAGAGGCGAUGGCGGCAUCUACAUUGGCUCUAUAAUGAAAGGAGGAGCAGUGGCUGCCGAUGGGCGAAUCGAGCCGGGUGACAUGCUGCUUCAGGUGAAUGAUAUUAAUUUUGAGAACAUGAGCAAUGACGAUGCGGUCAGGGUACUACGGGAGAUUGUGCACAAACCAGGACCAAUCACUCUUACAGUAGCUAAAUGCUGGGACCCCUCACCUCAAGGCUACUUCACACUUCCACGUAAUGAGCCUAUCAGACCUAUAGACCCUGCGGCCUGGGUCACGCAUUCGGUAGCCAUGACGGGAGUGUACCCACCUUACCCAGGCAGUACAAUCACCUCCAGCUCAUCUGUCACUGAAACUGAACGUUUUGAUGAGUUUAACCUGUCUCUUCACUCUGAUAUGGCAUCUGUGGCAAAAGCUAUGGCCUCUCCUGAAUCAGGUCUAGAAGUGAGAGACAGGAUGUGGCUAAAGAUCACUAUCCCUAAUGCAUUCCUGGGCUCGGACGUGGUGGAGUGGCUCUACCAUCACAUAGAAGGCUUUCAGGAUCGCCGAGAGGCCCGUAAAUAUGCCAGUAAUCUCCUGAAGGCUGGUUUUAUUAGACAUACUGUCAAUAAGAUCACUUUCUCAGAGCAGUGCUACUAUAUCUUUGGAGACUUCAGCGACUGUGAGAACUACAUGGCAAAUCUGUCCCUUAAUGAUAAUGAUGGUUCCAGUGGAGCUUCAGACCAAGACACACUUGCCCCUCUCCCAUUACCAGGGGCGACACCAUGGCCCCUGCUUCACUCUUUCCCAUACCAGUACCCUCACCCAUACUCGAGUCAGCCACCUCCAUACCAUGAGCUCUCUAGCUACAGUUAUGCCCCUGGCAGCACGGGUAGCCAGCACAGUGAGGGGAGUCGGAGCAGUGGCUCCACUCGAAGUGAAGGUGAGAGAAGGAGGGGCAGUAAGAGUGGCAGCACCGUGGCUGGCAGCACACGUGACGACAAAUCUCCCAAUGGGGGUGGAGCUGACUCACGUUCAGGCAGUGGCAGUGAAUCUGAAUACUCGGUGCGUAGCAGUCUAAGGAGGGACCAUGGCUCAGCCACGCCAAGUGAGCACAGUCAUGCCAGUCAGCGUUCACAUCAUCGGGCACCUCCGCCUCACCUCUCUCCAUACCCACCUGGCAUUCCGAUUCCAUACAAUCCCAUGAUGGUAAUGAUGGUACCACAGCACCCACAUCCACACCCAGCGCUGGGAGCUCAUCCACAGACAGCUGGAACACCGAUACACCCAGGUCUGCCUCCACCCAACAAUCCUGGAGGACCUCCUGGAGCUCCACCUACACGUGACCUGGCCUCUGUUCCACCUGAGCUCACAGCCUCCAGGCAGUCUUUCCACCUGGCCAUGGGAAACCCUAGCGAGUUUUUUGUGGAUGUCAUGUAGCAAAAGUUAUCACAGGAUAAGUGUCUCUGUGUGUGGCAUGGAUGAGUGAACCAGUGAGUGAUUGAGUGAAUGAAUGAAACCUCUAUGUGACUUAAUCAUAUGAUAACUGUGAGCCUCAUUCAGAAAGCGACUGAGAUGUAACACUUGGUAUUGCUGCAGGAUAGCUCUUUAUAUUUGGCAUCUAUCCUCGCCGGCAGGAACAGGGUUUCUGUAUAAAGCUGGACGUCUUGCACAACUCAGAUUUAGCACAUUGAGUAAUUUUAAAGUUAGUUCAGUCUCACCAACAGAAUACAACAGGGUCUGGCCUCCCUAACUGUGCUGUUUUUUUUUUUUUCCUCUCCAAACAUUUCCUGACACUUUUUUCUUGCAAAUUGUAUGAAAUUAUGCAGGAAGCACUAUACUCCGAUUAACAUAGGAAAAUCUCUGAGGCCUCUUUAUAUCCUAUGAAAAUAUUUGCCUUGGCAAAACUCAUCCUGCCCAAACGCUAGUUCUUUUGAUCUCUAAAAAUGUUGCAGUUUUGUAUUUUCGUUAUGAAAAUUCAAGUUUUCCAUUAGAUACUUUUUUUUUUUUUACAGAAAAACUAAGUGAACAGACACUUUAACUAGUUUUUUUUUUUUUUUUACAGAAAAAAAUAGCAACUUUUUAAAGGAUUUUGGAUGUUUUUGACAAGGCAGCUAGAAAGUGGUGUUACUAAGUUGUAUUUUCUCAAAUCGUUGCAAUCUUGAGCUUUCACAGCUGAAAUGUUAAAACAUAAGGGGAAGCUUUCUAAUAUUAUGGCAACUAGUACUGAACAUGUGUUCUUUACAGUACAUCUUUACUGUGUGUAAAAUGCAUUGCUAAAUGACUAAACUAAUGUGAGACAGGGUUUGACUAGGAUUUUAAACCGUUUUUAUGGUAAUUUACUCUGGUACUGUGGACUAAAGUUGACUGAAGAAUAAUCAUGGUCAGAAAUGUUUACCAUCAAACACAGCUGCAUAUGUGGGCAGAGUAGAGUUGCGGUACAGACAGUGGUACUACGAUAGGGAGCAGAAAAUGCCAAAAAUGGUACUUAUGCUGGGUAGAUCAGCCAGUUUUAUAAUCCACAUAUUUCACAUUUCUACUCAUUUUUUGUUAGUAGAUUGACAAGCAUAAUCGUUUUUGUAUGAAUGAAUAUAUGGAUAUAAUCAAAGCAUACAGGUGCUAAAUGAAGAUUGAACAGAACAGUGCCACUUUUGGUGCCAUGUUGUUUGUUGUCACUUUUGUGUUUCUUACUCAAAAUAAAUUUGUAAUAGAAGA